UUGAAAUAAAAGCUUACCUACAGGUAGCCAAGAACUCAUUGAAUAAGCUUUUUUCCUUCUCUCUCCUUUUUGUUCUCACAAACUGUCCUAAAUAUCAUUGUGCCAAAGAGGACAAAGAGGAGAGGACAUUGUGGAACUCUCAAGAAGGGUUUUUUACAGCAGGUUCACAUUGCAGAUUAUAACUACUGAGAGCAAAUGAAGACACACCUGAGAAGGCAUCAACACUGAUCUCCCACUGCUUGCAAUGCAAAUAGGGUGACAACAAAGUGGAAACUACAGAGAACACAUUUAAGACCAAGAUGACCACCAAGAAGGCAGAUGUCCAACGGAGGAUCGUCUCCAAGACUGGACACAACCAAGUGCGCAUUGACAACGUGGAGGGCAUGGUGAAGAUCUACCUCCACGACAUCUGGACCACGGUGGUGGACAUGAAGUGGCGCUAUAAGCUCACCCUCUUCUCCUCCACUUUCAUAAUGACCUGGUUCCUCUUUGGCGUCAUCUUCUACUUUAUUGGCAUGGGCAACGGUGACUUCGAGGGUGAGUUGCUGUCCAACCACACGCCCUGUGUCAUGAACGUCGCGACCCUAACCGGUGCCUUCCUCUUUUCCCUGGAGUCGCAGACCACCAUUGGCUACGGCUUCCGCUACAUCACCGACGAGUGUCCGCUGGCCAUCUUCGUCCUGCUGGUCCAGCUGGUCACCACGGGCCUGGCUGAGAUCUUUGUAACCGGGGCCUUUCUGGCCAAGCUGGCGCGACCCAAAAAGCGGGCCGAGACCAUCAAGUUCAGCCAGUUGGCAGUGAUCUGCCGCCACAAUGGUAAACUAUGUCUGAUGGUGCGUGUGGCCAACUUGAGGAAGAGCCUGCUGAUCCAGUGCCAGCUGAUGGGCAAGCUGCUCUCACCCAAUGUGACUGAGGAGGGCGAGAAGACUCUGAUCCGCCAGACGGCUGUGGACUUCUACAUAGACUCGUGCGGGGAGUGCCCCUUCCUAAUCCUGCCCCUCACAUUCUACCACGUGCUGGAUGAGAGUAGCCCCCUGGCGGGGCUGACUGCCGAGAGGUUGCGGACACGUGACUUUGAGCUGCUGGUCACCCUUAAUGCCACCAUGGAGUCCACGGCAGCCACUUGUCAGAGCCGCACCUCAUACGUUCCCCAGGAGAUCCUGUGGGACUACAAGUUCAAGCCUGUGCUCUUCAGCACCCCUGGUGGCCAGUACGUGGCCGACUUUAACUUCUUUGACAAGGUGCAGGUAAGCAGCGACCCUACACUCCCCAGCAACAACAAAGAUAAGCUGAAACUAGAGGAGUACAAGAAGGAAUAAGAGGUCCCUCAAACAUGUUGGACACUGGUAAUAAACAUGACCCACAGUUACUGUCUGGAAACAAUUUGUAAACACGCAUUACGGAAAUAUAUCUGUUUUUAUUUCAUAUAACUGCUAAACACAAUAUGCAUGAGUGAAUGAUGACACUUUUAGGCAAAUAAACUCAUGUUCAACAUGAUCAGUAUGUAUCUGGACAGAGUAAAUUCAGGUGCAGUAUAUAACUAGCACAUCGUUUGGAUCCACAAGCCAUAUAAUAGGAGAAUAUGGACAUACAGGCAAAACAAGGAAUGGGUCUCAGGUGCCAUUGUUUGAGUGGAACUGUAGCAGCAACUAUUGCUGUACUAGAAAUAUUUAACCUGUACAUAGGAUUCCAGGAAAGAAGAUUCAAGAUGUUGUUUCUUUGUAUCACUCAAGUUGGAUAUUUUAAUAUAUUAUACAAAUUUCACACUAAGAGCAGAUGGGGAUAGAACAAAUGUUUUUUAGUGUGUAGCGCUUAAGAGCUGUGUUUUUUCUGUCUAUGAAUAAACCAUUGACUUUGAAGAA